AUGUUUGUUCCCUUGCCGGUGCCGUUCGUCUUUCAGAGAACUGCUUCCGACUUCAGCGCCUGGCGUCUCAAGUCCCCGCUGGCUCUACGCUCCAGCUCCGAUAUCAGGAUGUCAAAACCAGCAGAGGAUGAGAAGCCUGGGGCAGACUUUCCAGGGGAGAGCACAGACUCUGAGAGGAACAGUCCUGGUGCCAAUGAUCAGGUUCAGCCAAUGAAAACGAGUCCCUUCAGUCUUUCUCCUACCUUGAGCAGCAUCAAGAGUAAAAGUGAGGCAGUACCUGAGAUGAUCUCCACCCAUGUGCCGCCUCCUUCCCAGCAGCAGACGCCUCACCCUCACACACAACUCAUGUUGGCAGGGAGUCAGCUGGCAGGGCUGGCUGCCCUCUUGCCUGCGCAGCAGCAGCUGUUGCUUCAGCAGGCCCAGGCUCAGCUCCUGGCCGCCGCGGUGCAGCAGUCCAACGCGGCUCACGCUGCUCAUGCCGCUCACGCAGCCGCCCAAGCCAAUCAGCAGCAGCAGCAACAACAGCUGACCAAACAGGAGCAAGCCCCUCCCCAGCUCACCCUCUCUCAGCCUAUCCAGCUCACCGCCCAGGAUAUCCAGCAGCUGUUGCAGCUGCAGCAGUUAGUCCUGAUGCCCGGCCACCACCUGCAGUCUCCUCAGUUCCUCCUGCCUCAGGCCCAGGGACAACAGGGGCAGCAGGGUUUGCUCUCGACACCUAAUUUAAUUCCGUUACCUCAACAUCAGCAAAGCCAGGGGAGUCUUCUAACUAUUCCACCCAGGCUGGGACUGCAAGCACAGAGGGACAAGAGUGGGGACGGCGGGGUGACCUCCGGGGCCUCCGCAGCCCCCAUGACCUCAGUGACCUCUGGCCCUCACGGCGAGGAGCCCAGUGACCUGGAGGAGCUGGAGCAGUUUGCCCGCACCUUCAAACAGAGACGCAUCAAACUGGGCUUCACACAGGGUGAUGUAGGCAUGGCGAUGGGGAAACUGUAUGGGAAUGACUUCAGCCAGACCACCAUCUCUCGCUUCGAGGCCCUAAACCUGAGCUUUAAGAACAUGUGCAAGCUCAAGCCUCUGCUUGAGAAGUGGCUAAACGAUGCGGAGACCAUGGCGAUAGACAGCAUGCUUCCCAGCCCGAACUCUCUCUCCUCCCCCAUGAUGGGGUUUGAGGGCAUGCCGGGGCGUCGCAGGAAGAAACGCACCAGCAUCGAGACCAACGUCCGCGUGGCCUUAGAGCGCAAUUUCAUCUUGAACCAGAAGCCUAACUCAGAGGAGAUUCUCCUGAUGGGCCAGCAGCUCAACAUGGAGAAGGAGGUGAUUCGGGUCUGGUUCUGCAACCGGCGCCAGAAAGAGAAGCGCAUCAACCCUUGCAGUGCCACCCCUCCCCUGCCCAGCCAGCCCCCCUCCAUGACGCACAAAACCCCCUGCUACAGCCCCCACAUGGUGUCCAGUCAGGGGCUGCACCAGGCUGCCACCAGCCUCAGCACAACAGUGACCAGUCCAUUACCCUCGGUGACCUGCCCUCUGACCCCCUGUGGCUCUGCAGCCACCAGCUCCACCCCCUCCUCUAGGACUCCGCCUCCACACAGCACAGCCAGCCCCGCCCCUUCCACCCUCAGUACCCACAGCCUGAAUGCUGGGAACACAAUGAUGAGAGUAAGCACAGGGAUGAACCAGGCUCUCGUCAGCAGCAAUCACCUGGCCACAAUGCAAGCUCUGGCUGCCAGUGGUGGGCAGCUGCCCAUUUCCAGUCUUGAGGCCGGAGGUCAGAUGAUCCUGGGCGGGGCGGGGGUUCGCCCCUCCCUAUUCCUCAACCGCCACACCCUCCUGCCUAUGGCGUCCCACCAAGCCGGUGUGGGUUUGGUCGGCGGUCCCAGGGGAGCCUCUCCACCCCCCGGCGCCAGCGGCAUGGACAUCGACUCCUACUCUGCCUCUCCCUGCUCCAGCCCCGCCUCCUUCGGCUCGUUCAGCGAAGCCUCACCGCCGCCGCUUGGCGGGGCCAUGGCCGAGUGACGACGACACAACUCAAAGGAUCCUAUCAGAAGGAGGGGGAGGAGUUUUAG